AUGAAAGGACUGGAAAAGGAGCAGGAAGCAUGGGUUGCCAAAUGGCAGCAGGCGUUCCCCAACCUCACCUUCCACUUUGAACUCGGUACGGAGGAAGGUCUGGGGCGUAAGAUGCGGCCGCGCGUGCUCAAGCUUGGAGCACGCGUCGACCAGUUCUUCUCGCGUAGAAUCACUCAUCUCAUCGUCAAGAGCGAACAGUCACCACAGAAGCCGCGCGUGGCGGCGAUGAAGCGAGGACAGUCGGAUAACCCCUUCCUCCAGGCAAGUCCGACUGACCUCCGCUCCAAGGCAGAGGAGUAUGGCAUCAAGGUCUGGACGGUCAAGAAGCUCUUGGAGAUGAUCGACCGCCUCGACCCAGUCAACGUCGUCCAGCGCGAAAGCCUAUCUCAUAUGCUCGCGGACGAAAAGCUGCAUGGCACGCGCGAGCGCGACGAGUCAGCGCCACGGCCCGACCACUACUACUUCCGGCCAGGGAGCAAGUAUGUGCUCAUUGAAGACGCAACAGGAAAGCACCGCACCAUCAUGGUCAAGGAAUACUCGGCCAAAGAGCAGGACUGGCCGGUAUUGCACGACCAGUUCCUCCGACUAACCACCUCGUGCGCCCUUCCCCGGUCAAUUAAGAGUGUCGACCACCUGCACCGCGAUCUUCGCGCGCGUGCAAUGGCGCUGUAUGUCAACCACGAACCAUACAAUGGGGAAGAGCCACCCACGCGCUCCCUCAAGCGGUCUGCCUCUGAUCGCCAGUUCACCGUCCCAGCGCUCCCCGAGCCUGACCAGCUGCCAUACUGCAAGGCAUCGGGCAAUAGCGUCGUUCUCACAUCCAACAUUGCCUCGACGUCCACCAAUCCUCAGCACCCCACUCCUGGCGGAGUGCUCGCUCAGCCUCAGAACGGCGGACGCCGCGGUGCCAUGCAAGUUUCGAAGCGUGUCGAGGUUCUCAAGCGUAACCUCCCUGCUGCCCGCGGCGGCGCCGUUAAACGAUCAGACGCGGCCGCGCGUCAAUCUCUUUUGGGGCGGCGCAAGUCGGCCGCGGACCUGCCGCCUUCCUUCUCCUCCAAGCAGUUCCUAUCGCAGGCCGAGGUCGUCAAGAUGCUCCAAGGCAUCCGCAAGCCCACCAAUCUCCCAAAGCCGACGUUCGAAGAGCGCCUCGCCAACCGCGAACUCGUAGACGCCGGCCAGAAGCGCAAGGAGCAGGACACAGCGAGCGGAUACUGCGAAAACUGCCGUAUCAGAUACACCGACCUCUCAGUCCACAUGGCGUCGCGCAAGCAUCGACGCUUUGCGCUCAACGAAGCCAAUUUCGCCGAACUAGACAAGAUGCUCCACUGCCUCCAGCGCCCGCCAAACCCGAUGAUCUGCGUGCCCUCGCGCGUCUGCCGCCCCUGUACAGAGCGGCACACACAGGCUGACGAGUGCAGCCGUUGCAUGGACGACACGGAGCUCUCCGAGGAUGGGUCAUCGGAGAGUGACUUCUCCAUCCGCGACGGCAUGAUACACUGGUAUCCCUCGCCGUGGGUGGGGUUGUCAAAACAAGUUGGGGAUGACGCGACGGCCGAGUGCGAGAGCGAGGGCGAGGAAGAUUCGCACAGCGCCGCCACCUGCACACAGCACGAGCACUCCUCCCAGGGAUGGGUGGAGGAAGAGGAUGUCGAGAUGACCGAGGGCGAAGGCGAGGAUGGAGGUGAAGACGAUGUGCGCGGUCCCACUACUUCAUCACAGUUGGUACGCGAGGAAGAUGACGAGAGUACCGUGAGCGAAUUCAACGGCGAGGGCGCAGAGGUCGUCGGCCACUAG